GAGCUUCGGCGGCCGGCCGCUACGCAGCGCCACGCUUACGGGGCGCGCACGCGAGCGCGCGCGCACGGACGCACCUGUUCGCGAGGGUAGACAGGUGCGAGCGUGAACGCACCCCGAACGGAUCGGUGCCGCCGAGACUGGAUCAGACGCUGCCGCCGCCGCUGGGACUCUUCGCCGCCGCCGUCGCGUGCGACCAGGACGGGAGGAGAGAGCAACCGCAUCAGCUGACGGAGCGGCGUGGCCGCUUCGCUCGCCCGUCGAAUCCGCGACCGCCACAAGUGACACUGGGUUUCUUUUCCGCAUUGCCGUGAUUCUUCAACGUUUCCACGUCGUCGACGCGACCGACAAGGACUUCCCAUUCGCCGUUGCAUCUUUGGAUUUGCGCUUGACCUUUCAAAGUGAAUAAGUGCCUUCGUGCUCGAACCGUGUGUUUCGGUUUCGGAUCUCCUCAUGAGGCAUCGGCGACGUCCGGAAGAGCGGAUUGUGUGGCGAGGUUGUGCGGUAGCCCUUGUGAUCCGUUGAGAAAAGAGAGUCCUGCCCUGCAUCUCCAUCGACGUGCGCUCAACGAGAGCUCUUCUGGUUGCGGUCUAUCGCCAAUGCCACCGGGACCGUAGAAACGCGCGCGUCCUGUGUUGCCCGCACUAAGCGAGCGCGCGCAGUGUCCCCUUAGACGGCUUCCUAUCGGUGUGUUGUGUGUCUUGCCGACGGUGUGGUGACAAGUGCCGCCGCGACAUGCUCGCCGGAACUCAGACGACCUGGGGCUGCCCGCCGGUGCACUUGAUGGGUCUCGGUGACGGACCCAGGGCUGCCGACAUGGCUGACUUCCAGGACGUCUGGCAAGAUAUCGAGAGCGUGCUCCUGGACGACAUCAGCGGGGCGAGGCACGCAGCGUCGGGCGUCAAGGCAGAACCGGAGACACAAGCCUGUCACGAUGUCGGCUACGACUACAAGACCACCGCGGUCCGCAGAGACCAAACGCCGUCCAUCCUACCAGCCAACAGUGCCAUCCUGGUCGCCGCACUGACGGCGCCCGUUCCGAGCCGACCACCGACGCUACAGCACCAACCAAGCGUCGCGCCGCCUACGCAGCCCACGCAGGACCCACCGCAGGCGAGGCAACAGUCACCGCCCGAUGACCAGAGCGCGCAGCCAGCGAACGCGUCAGCGUCGACAACGGGCUUCGUCACGCUAGACUUCGACUUCAUGCUAAACUCGGACGACGCCGCUCUGUACCCCGAAGUUAACUCGUACGAGACCGAAAGCGAGCUCAAGCCGCAGCACGAGCAACAGCAGCAGGAGCAGCAACAGAGGCAAGACCAACCCGAGCACCACCAACAGCCGCAGUUCGCGAGCAGCGUGGCUUCGACGAACAACGCAGCGUCCAUAGACCACCUAACGUACCAGCAGUCGGCUCAGGCGAUGAAAGCGGAGGCGAAUCCCUUCGACGUGUCCAUGCUCUCGGGCUCCCAGUACACGUCUCUCUGGGCAAACUACCAAAGCGCGAACCCCCUCCAGACCCCGCCGUCGAGCCAAAUGUCGCCGCCGGCAUCUCCGGACCACUCGCAGCUGGGCCAGCCUCAGCACAUGGGCGCUCACUUGGACGGCAACGGCCAGUACCAGACCAACCUGCCCUCGAUGCACUCGAUGUCCAUGAAGGCCGAGGACAUCCUCACCCAGUGCCUUCAGCAGCCGCCCCAACAGCACCACGGCAAGCAGCAGACGCCCCCGCACUUGCGCAUGGUCACUCCACCCUCCUCUCCGAGGUUAGCGGAUCUCCUGAGCGCCGGCACCACGAUGGGACCUCCGAAUCCAUUCCCGGUGACGCCGCUCACGCCGGACAUCCACAUGGCCGACCCGUUCUGCCGGUCUGCGCCGCUCGCCGGUCCCAACGGCCAAGAAGUCCCACCCGCAACACCAGCAGAACCAACAGCAGCAACGGACGGCGGUGAGCCGAAAGAAGGUGACCAUCCACACCUGCUCGCACCCGGGCUGCAGCAAGAGCUACACCAAGAGCUCGCACCUCAAGGCCCACUUGCGGACGCACACGGGCGAGAAGCCGUACCAGUGCAACUGGAAAGAGUGCGGCUGGAAGUUCGCCCGCUCCGACGAGCUCACGAGGCACUACCGCAAGCACACCGGCGACAGGCCGUUCCAGUGCCGGCUCUGCGAACGCGCCUUCUCGCGCUCUGACCACCUAUCGCUGCACAUGAAGCGGCACACGUCGCUGUGAGCCGAUCCUCAACCACCUUACCGCCGCGCGCCUGCAUCGCAGUUUGUCACCACCACCCCCUCAAGGCGAACAAACCGAUUCCUUGUUAAGUUUUCCUCCGAUAGACUCGGAUUGUGCGACGUCUCCUCCCCACGACAGCGAGCAGUUGCUGAAUGCUUCCUGUUCCAGUGCUCCCGUUGCAAUUGUACUCCCCGGUGCUGAUCGCAUCAAGCUCCCUCGCCACCGUACUGUCCGCGACCGCACCUGGACUAAUGUGUCGUGGCUACCCCCUUGUUUUACCUGAUGCUCCCAUGUUCAAGAGUGUGUGUGACGCGCUUGGCCUCGGCCGAGCUGACGGACACUUCUUCGGUGCCUGCGCGCCACCGCGCGUGCGCCGUGGCGCGUGAACUGUGCUCCUCGCGCGCGCACGUCGGUCGCGUGACGGUGAAUGACGCUGACUCGCACGAAGCGCUUGACGGGAUGCGCGAAUUCGAAAGCGUGUUGUGUACUCUCUCAUUUUACCUUAGCUGUGGACGUCCAUUUCGUCCACAUUUCUUUCUUCUGUUCGUGAGUUGCGCGGGCUCUUUGUAGGAGAGCCAAUGUUGUUCAGUGUGCAAUAGUGUCCGAUUUAAUCUCGUCGUAGAAAUGUGUGCGUGUUAAAGCCAGUCGGCACGUGCUGUGUAUUUGUUAGAUUUUAGAGAUGUUACACCGUACGGGACCAAUGAUAGAAGCCGUAGUACAUCACGUCAAGCGCCUAUUGCUGGACGAGUUAAAUGAACGGCGAAAAAAAAAAAAAAAACUCGCAACAGGCAAGGUUGCCUCCUUCAUACCUCGGCCAAGAACAGCCAGGAGUCUGGAGUAUGCAACCAUGCUUGAGGCAGCGAUGGAAUGUGCAAAACUGGGGACCAGUAAGAGUUGCGGCUAUAACUUAGCAUGAAUAUGCAGAAUGACCGCGAUUCAAAACGACCAAGCUUGGCUUAUUUAUGCAUGUGCUUCGAUGUGCCUUAGAGAAAAACAGAAGAAACCCACCUGCUUUCGGGUGCAAUAGAACGCUGUGUGCAUAGUGAAGCGUUAUAUGCUAUAUUUACAUGUGCUUCAUGUGGCCGUGCAUGUGACGUAAUAUCGUGCGCGUUAAGCUUGUAAUAUGCAAUAACUGAUGCAAAAGUGAUCGUAACUUAGCUUGAGCUUCCUCUGAGCACACACACACAGCCCUUCCAAAAGAAUGGCCUUCAUUGUAGAUCUUCAGAUCUUGGUACAGCAAAGAUUUGAGCACAGCAUCUUGCUACGCGCUUGAAAUGGACUAAAGUGGUCAACAGCAUAUCCCGUGAACGCUACGGUGUACAGUUCACUCACGUUCAAUGAAGCCAGCAGAUAAUUUUAGGCGUUUUAGGACUGUAUUCUUAGGGUAAAGAAGGAAGUCAUCAUCAGGUUGCGUUUUUUGAAAACGUGCGGACCUGCUCAACACAGCGCAGAACACCGUUAAAAGCAUGCGGAGAUUAUUUCCAUCGCAGUGUUGAGAUAGGGCUUUAUAUUUCGAGAACAAAAAUAAAACGGGACAAGACCCUGAUUCUACUAUAAAGACAGAAACACGUGAGUUGUUGGCACUUAGAAGCCGCAAGAAGGCUUUUGUACAUAAACCAUAGUGCUGUUGUUAAUAUAUAUUUUGUUUGUUAUUUCGUUUUUCUGAGUGUAAGUUUACGUUGAUGGAAGGCUUAAUGUGGAAAUCUUGCAUAUACACUCCGUAUCUGUUCGUUUUCUUGCCUUUAUUUUUUUAAUCAGAGUUUACGUUUUGUUUAAGCCGGCCACAGUGAGAAAAAGACUAAGUUAGGUCACGGUUCUUAAGUGACGCUUCUCAAGUGUGGAAAGGCCGCCUAGGCUAUCACCCAUGCAAACACACACAUACCUACACAAACCAACACAUCGUUCAUGUAUGUCUUCAGGAGCAUUCUGAAGGCUGCUGGGGUUUUUCUUCCAAGCAUAGCGUUUCCAUGGAACUGUCGUCUUUAAAGUUCUAAACCAUCAUAGUAUACGAAACGCAGAACCCCCUUACUUUGAGGCCAUUAUUGGUACACUGUCUAUCAAAACUAUCAGAACCAAUAUUAGAAAGUUGUUGAGCGUUUCCGAUGACGGCUCUAGCAGCUUACAUGCAGUCCUUUAUUUUCUUUAUUAUUUAAUGAUUCCAGACACAGCAGGUGAGUGUUACGGAAUCUGAUAACGUUAUCAGAAUUACCAAUGCCUUUUAUAAGAAGCAAAGUUUAUAUAACGCGAAACACACAAUAGGAAUAAAGCUUUAUGAGAAGAAGCACUUCCAAUCGAGACGUUGACACAUGCGCUCCAGCUUAAUGGUCACAUGUCUCUAUUUCGUUGCCUUAUCUUCCCAUUGUUCCAACAUGAAAAGGUCAUCUAACGUGUCAUGGUUCGAGACACAAGAAGUGCUCACUAAUUAUAACCCGAAAAGGUAUCAGCUGCCUUACUUUGCUUGAACGCGAGAACUCAAUCAGUGCAUCACUGGAACGCAAACAGCAUGUUAAAAUAAGCACGCCGUUAUAUUGCCUUAUCGAUAACCACGUGCCCUUCUCUUCCGCUGCACGGCAGGUGCCUUAAGACUUCAUUUAUAUGCAAAUAAAGUAUGCCUUAAUCGCAUAUGCCUUAAUCACUGUCGCACACAAUUUGCGCAGAAAAAGCACGAAGUUUACUUAAGAAAAAAAGUGAUAGGUGUCCAUUUCUACUGAAACUGCAUUCGCACGCAAUAAAACGGUGCCAGCUGACCAAGCUGACAUGGACGCGGUUCAAUGGGACAAUAAUCUGAAGUAUUAAGAUAACAUAAAAUUGGCUGGUGACACGUCUCGGGUACCAGACAGAUUAGCCUUACCGCGAUUGGAAGCCAGAAGGGACGCAAGAAAGAAUGACCGCGGUCAUAACGUUAACAUCAGUUACCAGUUAAGCCACCGAUUUCGAAAGCGCCGUCUGCUCGCCACUGGCGAUACGUUUAUCAACAAAUAAUAAUCACAGCCACAGCCAAGAAUUAUGGUCGAUUCUUUGUUACCGCCCAAAAAAUGGACAAUAUAGGCGAAAAUACCGCGAUAUCAGUAAUGUUAAAAUAGCGCCCUCUGGGCCUGAUGCUUACGAGCGAAAUUCAAGAUAGCGAUAUCUGGCUAUAUAGUAAUUUAUAACCACUGCUUUUCGCUUAAAAAGAAAAAAGCUCAUAGUCCGGUAAACUAAAGUUUCAGAACUCUUAAGUGGAUUAAGCUUUACUGCCUAGUGCCCAUUUUGUGCGGGUACAGUGGGCGCUGUGUUUUUUUUUUUUUUUUUUUUCUUAUUACGUUUGUCUUCGCGCAACCAUUCUGCAAAUGCAACACGGCAUCGAUUUGGCGCUCAUGCACGCGCACUGAUCUUCGCAUGUCGCUUCGUUUGACGCCGGCAGUGUCCUAAGUUUCUUGCGCGCUGCGCUCUCGCUUUGCACCUGAUGUUCUGUGACGGAGUGUGGGGCUUAAGUGACGUUGUUUAUGUUGUGCCGCCCCGCCACCAUUCCUGCCAUUUUCAAGCUAGUCGGCUGGUCGUCGUUACAAUGUUGCUGGAGAAAAAAAAGAGAUAGAGAGAGAGAGAGAGACAUCUAUAUAUACAUAUAUUCUACUUAUAAUUGCAUCCAAUACUAGCGUACACGCUCAGAUGCUCUUUAAGGUGUUCCUCGUGUUCAAAGUGUUCCUACGCCUUGAACAUACAAAAUUGCCUGUAAGGCUAUGCAAGGCUGCAAAGCACAAAAUCCGGAAAUGCUAUGGGGACUUUAACGUACCGAGACUUUUUGCGACGUAAUGUGGUACAUUGCAACGCCCCAGUGAUUACAGAAAGUGUACGUAGUGUGACGCAUCAGCGAUACGAAGAAAGCCUACACAAGCGUUAAGCUGAAUACGCAACUCAUGGCGCAGGUGGUACAAGAUUUCCCGAUACGCAGCCACCCCCAGGCAACUACAUUAUCAAACAUGUGUUCAAGGCGUACGCAGCACUCUGACGAAACGCGAGCUUAGAGUAGUUUUAUUUUAUGUACGUGUGUGUUCGGCAGACGCUAUGUUUUCUGCAUGGCCAUGCAUCAAAAUACAUGUCAAAGAUGGUGAAAAAAAAUUAUGUAUUUCGUAUACGAUAUAAAGUUAUAUACAUAUCUAUAUACAUAUACCCAGACACAAAACACAAAUGCUCUACCUACGUGCACAGUCGUAAGCACUAAAGCUGUCUCUUUGUUCCUGCAGGCCAAGCGCCUUCGAAAUACAAAACUCUUCAACCGCGGCCACACUUAUGUAUUGAGCUUUUGAAGCGAAACGCCAGCUGAAACAGUGCUAUCGCGGGCCGGCGUUUAGUAAACGAAAAAGAGAGGCGUCGCCACUUGCAAUGUUGUGAAAUGCUUGCAAACACUUGAGGAACCUGCCGACAGAUGCCGCAAUAGCCGCGUGACACGCAGAGCUCUCUCUGCGUGUAGUGCGGUUACUGCACCUAUCUGGUGGCAAGUUUGCUAUACCAACCCGCCAAAUCGUCAACAUUGACUGAAUGUGCGGUUUUUAUUAGCUUCUCUCUCAUUCCUGGAAAGUGUACGUUACAAGUGAGCAUUGAACAUCAGCACGACGCACACAUCGUCGUAGAAAACAAAGACGCCGCUGCGACAUUUUGCGCAGAUGAUUUCGGCACGGCAAUUACGCUCCCACAGGACGCUGCCUGACGACUUAGAGCCAUUUAGGAAACCCCAAUUUGGGAGUAUAAGUACUGGCCCAUGAGCUUAUAUCUAAACAAAGAACAACACCAAAAGCGAAAAUGAAUCAAAACCUGAAAUUACUACAGCGUAACGUCUGCACAUGCUGCAUUGUGAAUAAGUUGGCCUUACGGGAGCAACGUUGUUUCUGUUUGUUUCGUUUUUCUUUUUUCAACACGCGUCGUCAGCUCUGAAAGAGCGAGCGUAUGAAUGAAAACUGUCGAUAAAAAUGUGGUGUAAUAAAGCGACAAUGUAGUUGUUUGAUA